GCUCCACAGGAACCGGAAAUUAACGUUUUUAAACGGAAGCGGAAACAAUAAGAGCUCCGCGCGGGAAGAGGCCGGAAGUGGGAACCUCGGGUCAGACAGCCAACAGAACUGUAGAAUCAGACGAGGACAGCAGGUCCAGACUAAAGGCGGUUCGGAACCAGGCCCGGUCCAGGAUGAAGAUCUAUUUCUGCGGCAGCAUCCGGGGCGGCAGGUCGGACCAGCAGCUCUACCAGAGGAUCGUGAACGAGCUGCACAGAUACGGGAGCGUGCUCACUGAGCACGUGGCCAGCGCCGAGCUCAGCGACUCAGGAGAGGAGGGCCCAGCAGGGGGCGACAGAGCCAUCCAUGACCGAGACCUGGCCUGGCUGCAGCAGUCUGACGUGGUGGUUGCCGAGGUGACGCAGCCGUCCCUGGGCGUCGGCUACGAGUUGGGCCGGGCCGUGGACAUGAAGGAGAAGAAGGUGCUGUGUUUGUUCCGGCCGUCGUCAGGACGAGCGCUGUCGGCCAUGAUCCGAGGGGCGGCGGACGGGCGGCGCCUCCUGGUGGUGGACUACAGCGAGGAACAGCUGGAGGCGGUUCUGGACCGGUUCUUCAGCAGCCUGCAGUCGGUCUGACCAAUCAGAGCGCAGCCAGCGGUCACCAUGGUUACGCCCACCAGGACAGGGCGGCCUUUGUUUAAAUAUAUCUGGAAAAGUAAUAAAAGCCACUGCUGCUUUUAUAAGAAUCAGGAAGAACCUGAUGACCUAUCUUCAUCAUCUUCAUCAUCAGCACAAAGGGCCAGAGGUCACAGGGAAGACGUAGAGUUUGUCUAGUAGAAUGGUCAUGAAUCCUGGACUAGUCCAGAAUAUCUAUUUGUAAAUAUUA